AUGCUUUCAUCUCCCUCCGCUUCCACCACCAAGGACAAUAUUGGAAACGAUGAUGAAGUGAGACCCUCAUCAUCCUCCAAUACAGCAUUGAAUGAUGAUGAUGAAUACGAUGACAUUUAUAUUAUCUUUGAUAUUCCCGAUUUUAAUCUUAUUGAAAAUUUACAUUUGGAAAAGUAUUCAAUCAUUGGCUUGGAGAGUGAAAGACCCAUCGUAAAAAUUGAUAAUUUCGUGUUUGAAGGAAGAUUUGAAACGUUACUUAUGGAUACUGCAUUGUGUGUUGAACAACAACAACAUUCAUCACAUCAUAACUCUGGUUCAUCUCCUCCUCAAACCAUCACAUCCAGACAAAUUUUGAGAUUGAAUCGAAUAUUGCUUGGACCUAAACUUGUGACUUCUUCAAGUAAUACAGCUACAACAACACCAACAAACAAUGUCUUAUAA